ACUGUCUGUUCCAUCUCCAGCCAUGUCUUCUGUCGCACAAUGCGCCUCCCUCGAUCCCACCUACAAUGACAUGGCGUCCACCGUCGCCGACGCCGACGACAUGAUCGACUUCUACAAGAUCAACAUCUCGCAACACCAUGACAUCGCCGACGCAGCGAUGGUGGAGAAACCAACCCUCCUGCUCGUAAAAGAUGGCCGGGAACUCGAGCGCUUCUGUAAGCCUGUCCCGCAGCAGUUGGAGUACAUGGUCUCGCAGGCGCUGUGUGGGAUGACCAAGAUAUCCAUGAUCCCGUAUACGGAGAGAGAGGGCCACGGGAAUCUGAUGUAUUGUAUUCCGGCGCAGAAAUAGUCGUUAAUGAG